AUGGCUGACACAGUCCUGGAGGGGGCUCCGAGUAUAUUGCGGCCUGGUGUGCAGCGUGGAAGGGAGAAGCGGCCAAAUCUCCCGCCUGGAGCAGCCUGUGCCAAGCCAAACACCAGCUGUCCUCCCUCCUUUGGACCUGCGGGGAUGAUCCCGGAAUGGACCCAGGAGGUUUCUCA